AAAUUUUUCUUGGGAACUUUCUUUUUUAAAGGAUUUAUUUAUUUGAAAGGCAGCGGCAAAGAGAGAGGUCUUCCAUCUGCUGGUUCACUCCCCAAGGGGCCACAAUAGCUGGGGCUGGGCCAAAGCCAGGAGCCUGGAACUCCAUCCAGAUCGCCCACAUGGGUGCUGGGGGCCCAGUACUUGGGCCAUCUUCCACUGCUUUCCCAGGCAUUUUAGUAGGGAGCUGGGUUGGAAGUGGAGCUGCGGGGACUCGAAACAGCGCCAUAUGGGAUGCUGACAUUGCAGGUGGCGGCUUCGCCUGCUACGCUGCAGUGCUGGCCCCUGGGAGCAGGCUGAUUUUAGUGUGUCUCUGUCCCUGGCAGUGGUUCUCAGCUGGCGUUCAUCUUGUCACUAGAGGACAGAUUUAACCACGUCAGAAGACACUAUGACUGGCCUGGUAGCAUUGGUUGGGGGGGCGUUGUUACUGGCAACCAGUGGCCAGAUGCUGUGGAUGCUGUUGAAUGUCCUACAGUGCACAAAGAACAACCUGCCCCCACAGGUCAACAGUGCUCAGGUUGGGAAACCUUAAUCUGUAGUAGACCUUUGACCUUUCGCAUCCCGAAACCUGCAGGCAUUCCUGAGUUUACAGAUGCUUCCUGUGUGGCUUACCUGCCCAUAAAACUUUUGCCCGAGAGCCUCUUUGCUUUAUCUUUUCUUUCGUCAUAAGAACCUUCACUACCUGGUUGAACCGUUUUCCAUAAAGAAAUCAAGUUUUGAUCCCUUGUAGAAAUGGCAAGCCGAGAACAAAGCUGCAGGGAGACCAGCUGUCAGGUGGGCAGCUGGGGUCUUUUUUGUGGGUGCCCUGCUUAAAACCUCCUGAAACAUCGAGCCCCCAUCCAGGAGGCCUCUGCACUGUCUGACUCCAGCGCCACCGUGGCCGGUCUUGCUGUGCCUCAGCCGCACCAGCCUCUGGAAGCUCCUGGAAUCUCCCUGCCUAUUUCCCACCUCAGGCCUUUGUCCCAGGAAGUCCCUGACCCGGGCAGCAGCUGCUCAUCCCCCAGGUCCCAGCCUGAAUGGCACCACGAGGCCGCCCCUGAGUGCCCUCUGUCAAAGCGUCCCUCGCUCUUUGUCCGGGCGCUGUCUUGUCUUCACAGUGGUUCUUUCAAGCUGUGGUCAUGAUCCGGUUGUUUGUUUCCCUUAUUUGUUUGAGAGACAGAGCUCCCAUCUGCUAGCUUGUUCUCUAAAGACCACGAGGUCCAGGGCUGGGCCGGGCCGAGGCCGAAGCUGAGCACUGGGAACUCCAUCCAGGUCUCCCACAUGGGUGGCAGGAACCAGUUUACUUGAGCCAUCACCUGCUGUCUCCCAGGGCCCACAUUAGCAGGAGCUGGGAUAAGGAGCUAGAGCAAGGAGUCAAAGCUAGGCACUCUCGUGUGGGAUUUGGGCGUCUUAACCGCCAGGCCAAACACCUGCCUCUGCUUUUCCCUGUUGCCUGUCUCCUCCUCUUUGAUGUCAAGGGCCAGUCUGUGUGUGUUCACCGUCACAUCCCCAGCUCUGAGCCCAGGGUCUUGCCCACAGAGGGCUCUCAGUAGCUGACCACACAAGUGGACUAGUGAGGUGACCCUGCUCCCUCGAACACACCAGCCUCAGAGUGCCAGUGGUUGAAACCAGCCCCAGCCGUGGGUCAAGGUGAGUUUGUUGUAGGCUGUCCAUCACCCUUGGUCAGAAGGCCGCAGUGAGCUCCGGGCCCUGCGUCCCAUCCUGCCAGCUUAUUCCAUCUGCACUGCCCUGAGCCAGGAGCGUCAUGGCCUGGCCAUGCUGGGAUCUGCUGACUGCCGUAGGAAGAGGACUCAGACUUGUAAUCCUUCGUGAGAUCAAAUGACGAUGGUGACACCUGAAACUACGCACACGGACAGGCUCACGCCAGAGGUAACCUGGUGACUCCCAUCCUUAGGCACCCCGUGGCAUGCAGAAGUGGCCACAGCAAGACUCCGAUUAGACACAGGGAAAAGAAAUGCAGUCUUCCCAGCACCUGCGGGAGGUGGGGCUGGUGUACAUGUUUAACCUCAUCGUGGGCACGGGCGCGCUCACCAUGCCCAAGGCCUUCGCCACGGCCGGGUGGCUGGUCAGCCUCCUCCUGCUGGUGUUCCUGGGCUUCAUGAGCUUCGUGACCACCACCUUUGUGAUAGAGGCCAUGGCCGCGGCCAACGCACAGCUCCACUGGAAGAGGAUGGAGAGCCACAAGGAGGAGGAAGACGACGACUCCUCCACGGCCUCAGACAGCGACGUUCUGGCCCAGGACAGCUACGAGCGGGCUGAGAGACGGCCCAUCCUGUCUGUGCAGAGACGUGGCUCUCCUGGCCUGUUUGAGAUCACAGACCGUGUGGAGAUGGGACAGAUGGCCUCCAUGUUCUUCAGCAAAGUGGGAGUCAACUUGUUCUACUUCUGCAUCAUCAUUUACCUGUAUGGGGACCUGGCCAUCUACGCUGCGGCAGUGCCCUUCUCCCUCAUGCAGGUGACCUGCAGCGCCACUGGCAACGACUCCUGUGGCGUGGAGGCCGACACCAAAUACAAUGACACCGACCAGUGCUGGGGGCCCCUGCGCCGGGGGGACGCCUACCGCAUCUACCUGGCUGCCUUCACCGUCUUCCUCGGACCCUUCACCUUCUUUGACGUCCAGAAGACCAAGUACCUGCAGCUCCUGACCUCCCUGAUGCGAUGGGUCGCCUUCGCCAUCAUGAUUGUGCUGGCCCUGGUCCGCAUCGGGCACGGGCGAGGGGAGGGCCGCCCGCCGCUGGCCGACUUCUCGGGGCUCCGGAACCUGUUUGGGGUGUGCGUCUACUCGUUCAUGUGCCAGCACUCCCUGCCCUCCCUCAUCACCCCCGUCUCCUCCAAGCGCCACCUCACGCGCCUGGUGUUUCUGGACUACGUGCUGAUCCUGGCCUUCUACAGCCUCCUCUCCUUCACCGCCAUCUUCUGCUUCCGCGGCGACAGCCUGCUGGACAUGUACACGCUCAACUUCGCGCGCUGCGACGUCGUGGGCCUGGCUGCCGUGCGCUUCUUCCUGGGCCUCUUCCCCGUCUUCACCAUCAGCACCAACUUCCCCAUCAUCGCCGUGACCCUGCGCAACAACUGGAAGGCGCUCUUCCACCGCGAGGGCGGCACGUACCCAUGGGUGGUGGACCGCGUGGUGUUCCCCACCAUCACCCUCGUGCCCCCCGUGCUGGUGGCCUUCUGCACCCACGACCUGGAGUCCCUGGUGGGCAUCACGGGAGCCUACGCGGGCACGGGCAUCCAGUACGUCAUCCCGGCCUUCCUGGUGUACCACUGCCGCAGGGACACACAGCUGGCCUUCGGCCAUGGGACCCUCAACAAGCACAGGUCCCCGUUCCGCCACGCCUUCUGGGUGGGCUUCGUGCUGCUCUGGGCCUCCUCCUGCUUCUUGUUCGUCACCGCCAACAUCGUGCUCAGCGAGACCAAGCUCUGACGGCAGGAGGUAUCCAGUGACAGGAGUGUUGGUGGGCAGGCGGGGCUGGGCCGGAAGGGCCCCUCGGCAUCUCCAGCUGGAGGCUUCUCCCCAGCCGAGACUCCACCCAGCGUGCACCUGGCCUCACCAGCCGGCACAGCGGGCCCCCGCCAGUGCUGGCAGACGCUGCUCUGUUGUACGUGGUCCUGCCCCCACCCGAGAGGUGGGCUCCCCUGCACAGUGGGUGACGCGGUGCUGGCACCGCUGCUAUUUAUACCAGACCCCCCCGUGCCACUCCCGCCCCCGCCUGUCUGGGAACUCUGCUCCACUGGCCGCUGCUGCCUCCCCGGAGGCCAAUCCCUGACCCUGUUGUCCUCACGCAGCCUGCCAGGCCCAGAGUCACCAAGUGACACUCCUGGAGAGGGCCUGGCCAGCCCCAGUGACACGGACAGGAAGUGCUAACUGGCACAGGGACCCCACACCAGAGCUGUGAGGGCCCUUGCUGUGGGCGCCAGCUCCGGAGCAGCAGGUGCAUGGACCAUCCCUUCCACGGGGACACGGCAGCCUGCAGGCUGGGUUCAAAGCCCAGAAAGGGACUCUGUGCCCCUGGCUGCCCCACUGGAGCCCUCGGGGUCUCCUGCCACUCCCACCCCCACCCUCCGUGACUUGGGAGUGCCCUGGGCAUGUGACCGUGACAGGGCCCCACAGCCCCACGCUGCCCGGCUCCUGCUCUGCCGCUGAGGACGGCUCCCCUGGGAGCCCAGCCGUGGGCACUCAGCGUUCACAUGCCCGUGGGUUUGGAGGAGCCACCCGCUGCCGCUCCCAGGAAGUGAGGCCGGCCCCCAGCUGCUCCCAUCACCGCUGGGGCCGCUGGGGACUCAAUGUGCCUUUGCCUGCUUUGUGCCCUGGAGGUCCUCCCUGGCUCGUCCUCAGCCCAGGGCCCGAGCCCAACUGACCUGGAGCCCAGAGCAGCUGCCUCUCUGGGGUGGGGGUCUCAGGCCCCCUGCCCCUCCCACUUUUGACGUCAGUGCCUUGCUCAGCCCUCAGGAGCGCACCUUCCUCCUCCUCCUCCCCCUGCACCUCCUCUGGGAACCUGGCACAGGGCCGCGAUGCUGGGUUUCCUGGGGCCCAGGGCGGUGUUGGGUUGGGGCUGCCCUCCCCCGGUGGUCACAGCCCAGCAGUUUCCACAGCUUGUCCCCGCAUAGCACUGUUUCCCGUCCACGUGAGAGACACACACCCCUUGCCCAUCUGCCCUUCUGGCUUCUCAGGAGGCCCUGCCCCAGGUGGGCAGAGCCGGGCAGGCACCGCUGUGCUGAGGCCAAAAAUGAAGGCAAGGCUCGAGCCCUCCCUGGCGCUGCCCGGCUGUUUGCUGAAAACUCAAUUACAACAUCUGUACUUCCCCUUCUCCAAUUACAGCCCCUCUCGCUUAAGGACAAAACAGAUUAAAUCAUCUCGCCUCCCCAGGCGCCGAACCAAAAUUUGGACGCAAAUUUAUUAGCAUCAUAGAGCCCAGGUUGAUUUAUGUGACAAGCUGCCGCCGCACACAGCAGUGGAGUCGGGUGGCUGCGCUCCCGGCCACCUCUGAGCCAGGAGAGAAUGGCGGGAAGUAGCCACGUCGCCCGUGCCGAGCAGGGACCCUCCCCACCGCCACGACCUGGGUUCUGUGCACCUGCUGUCCGCCCUUCCAGAGGUCGGAUGUGGCCACUUUCCUCCUGUCACUGGUGGGCAGCAGGGCUUGAGACAGCGGGAGAAGACCCCCACAGCUGGGCCUUCCCAGGCGUUGUUGCCCAACCCCACGCUGCAGACACACCCAGCCCUGAGUUUCUGCACCCGCUUGAUGACUUGGGCAAUUUGGGUCAUGGGUUCAGUUUUACAGAAGCCGCUGGGGUCAGUGGAGGUGACGACGGCACGAGGUGCCAGCCCAACCUGGCACCAGGGACAAGUGUCAUGGAGGAGCCAGACUUCAACUCAGUGGCCUCCCCCUGUGCUGCCCAGAUGCCCGAGGGCAGGCCGGUUCAAGGUGGGAGUGCGCACUCCUAGCCACGCCGCCUGCAGAAGCGCCAGGCCCACCUGUGCACCUCACCUGAGGCCGGCCAGGCGGCUUGGAGAUGGGGCAGAUGGCAGACGACAGGCUUAGAGGCAGUGCUGAGUGGUGGAAGGUGGCAGAGGGCCCCGUGCCAGGCCCUUAGCCGUGCAGCUGUUCUAGGCACAGGGGGCCCAGGACAGCCUUGGCAACAGUGGCCUGGCCUCCCCCUCUUCUGUAGCCUCUGCUCAGCCCCAGGUCCUGCCCCGGGGGUGGGCGGGGAGGUCACGGUCGUUCCUCGCCUCUUGGGAAGUCAGCCAGGAGGGGAAGUGGGAGCCUAAGGGUCAAGUCCCAAGCAAGGCCACUGGAGGUGGCUCCUCAGCGACCAAGAUGCAGGGCUGCGUGGAGGAGGAAGCCAUCUGUCCCGGGGCCUGGGGCUGACUGUCACACAGAGGCCUCUGGGGGCUGGGCGUGGUGUCAGGUGCGUCCCUCGUGACUGAGCAGUGGGACCUGCUGCUUGUGGGCAGAGAGCCGGGGCAUCUCCUGUGUCACUGGCCGCUGUAGGGAGGCCUGAGCUUCCUGCCUGUCCCCAGCACAGAAGUGCUCAGUAAACUGUUCACUGAUGGCCUGGCAAGUGCCCUCCUCCCUGUCACUCACCAGCUAUAACCAAGGAGCGGGGGUGGGGGGUCACUUAAGACUCAGACACUCCGCUGACGAGGGGGAGCUACGACCUGGAUCCUUCAGCAUCCAGAGGGCUCUGGGGAGAGAGGCUGUCUCUGUCCUCUGAUACCCUAGAAAACUUUCAAAGGGCAAGGCAGGUUGGGUGGGCACCUGCUCCUUGAAGAAACGCCAGGUGUAGCAGGACAGAACCAGUCAGGUCGUAAAUUUCCUCCCGGUAGGCUGGUGACAAGGGCCUGUCUGUCCACCGUCUCAGCAAAUAAAACAGCAGCCGAGU